AUGAAAAUUGUGACACAUUUUAUACAAUUAUUGCUAAUAUAUUUAGCUCUUUUGGGUUUUGGAGUUAAUUCAUCCGAAACAUGCGAACCUAUAUUAAGUGAACCAGAGGAUGGUUUCCAGGCCAAAUUUUUUCAAUAUAUUUAUCCAGAUUUUGCAUACGAAUAUAGCGACUCUGAUUUUAUUGACUAUGGAUAUAGUAGAGAUGAUAGAUAUCUAGGAACAGUAAAUGGAGUGCAGGAUGUGAAUAUAUACCAUUUUUAUAAUCUAAAUCCAGAUGGACCAACCUAUGGUCAAGUAAACGGUUUCAAUAUUUCGAUUUCUAAUUAUUCUGUUGAGUAUACAGGCUGGUUUGUUCCACAAGAAACAGGGAACCAUACCUUCCAGAUAGGGCAAACGGAUGAUGGAACAAAGAUCACUUUAAUAACAGAAAGUAACUCACUUUGUUGCUGUAAGGAUGAUUCAUCCAUGUUUGUACAAGCUUUGAAAAUAUACGAUGACACAACUAUACAAACAUUAGUUUUAGAGUUGAUUGCUGGGGUACCGCAUCCUAUUAAGAUAGUGUAUUUCAAUAAACAGACCAUUAAUAUCCAAACAGUUUCUUUCAUUGAUCCAAGUGGUAUUGCUCAUUUUACGUUUGACGGAUUUGUGAAGUAUUAUAAUCAAGUACAAUGCGCUACUCAGGAAACUUGUGGCUCAUCUUCAGAUAUUUCUCCUUCUUUAUCCUCUUUUACACUACCAACUGAUUCGUCGUUUACAUCUCCCUUUAUAUCCUCAACUGAAUCAUCAUUUAUGACUUCAUCAGGAAGCUUUGAGUUAUCAGAUUCUUUUUCGUCAUCCAUAAUAAUUCCUGGUCCACCUUCAUCCACUAUAUCUUCAUCAACCAUGUCGCAUGAUACUUUAUCUUCUACUGAAACAUCAGAUCCGUUAUCAGAUUCGUUAUCUUCUGAUAAACUUUCAUCAACUGUACCAUCUAAUUCACAAUCACUAAUAUCAUCUUAUCCCUUGUUUUCUGAAUUUUCUUCUGACCCCCAGCUAUCCAUGACCUCGUCUGCAUCAUUAUCUAAUUCAGGGUUGUCCAUAAUUUCUUCUGAUCCAUUGAUGUCUGUAACAAUGUCAUCAAUGGACUUGCCAUCAGACAUAUCAUCAUCUAUGAUAUCUUCCAGUAUUCCUUCUUCCUCCGAAUCAUCCCUGUUUUCAUCUUUAGGUCUAUCUUCAAAAUUGCAAUCAGUAAUUGUUUCAUCGGAUCCACAUUUGUCUAAUACUAUUUCUGAUUCAUCUUCUAUCAGUUCUUCAAUUGUAUCAUCUUCAACAAUAUUCUCUGAUCCCAAAUUAUCUGCUACUUCUUUUGAUCCACUAUUUUCAAGUUCAUUUUCUGUUCUAUCAUCACGUACUCCAAGUCCAAUUCAACCUUCAUCGACUAUUUAUUCAGAUUUAUCAUCAUUAAUAUCGAUAUCAGAUCUUUUUUCAACAAUUGUGUCAUCUGAUAUGAUAUUACCUACUACAUCAUAUGAACGUUCGUUAUCCAUAAUGUCUUUGAAAUCUACUGAACAUAAUGUAUCGUCAUACUCACCCACACCUAUCAUUUCAUCCAGUCUUCCUUCAUGUGUUAUAACCUCAGAUCACCCAUCAUCCAUGACAUCCUUAGAUAUGUCAUCUUCUAUGGUAUCUUCAGAGUCAUCAAUAUUUUUCGUAUCAUCUUCAAUACAUUCCUCAGGGUCUGACUCCUCAGUAUUGUUUGGUCAUCUGUCAAGUCCUUCAAAUUUAUUGACACCGUCAGUGAUAUCAUCUUCAGAAUCGUCAUUAGAUUCAAACUUUGUUACUUCAACAAUGUAUUCCAGUUCUUAUGACCAACCAUCUGGAUCUGUGACAUUAUCAAAUAAAAUUAGUUCCUUCUCUGAUCCAUAUACGUCUAUAAUAAAGGCAUCCACUUCUUACAUGAUACAUGAACCUUCAUCAAAUUUAACUGUCAUAUCAUCUUAUAAGACAAUUUCAUUGCCAUUACCAUCUAUAGACUCUUCCACAACUUUAAAUCUGACUACUAAAACUUCGACUGUCUCAAAUUUAAACACCAUAUUUUCUUCCAACAUUAUUAUAUCAGACAAACCUACAUAUACAACUAAUAUUCACAGUACCAAUGUGCAAGAGACUAACAUAACAGACUCUAGGUUUUCUUCCGUUGAAGAGUCUGUUUCUGAAAUUACCAAUGGAAAGACAAGUACAACUUCUAGACUAAAGUCUGAUCAAACUGAAACAGUACUCCAGAGUAUCACUGAAGUCCCAUCACCAUUUAAAAGCUCAUCGUUAACAUUACAAAUGACAACGUCACACUCUGAACAUCUAACCUCCAGUAAGGUAUCCUUCACUGGGUGGGAAACAAAAUACAGUAAAACACCUUCUUUACUCACUUCUGUCCCAAGAGAAUCGAAAUCUGGUACUAUUUUUACAAUCACCAUCGAAUCAUUAGAUAAUGGAAAAGAAUCAGUAAAUAGCAAUGUGAUCAUACCGAAAACAGACACAAAAGAUAAUAUUUUCAUAACGGAUGCUUUUAAAAUAACCACAGAUACAUCUUCAACAAAUAGUACUAAAACUUCGGUAUACACAAUAUACACCUCGAACGUAAUAUUGGCUACUCCAGAUAGCCCAAAUAAUAGUAUUUAUGGCAGCGAAGUGCAUAACGGUAAUAGCCCCUCUAGGUUAAUGAUUAAUUCCAACGCCGGUACUAUAAAUGACAUUACUGUCGGUAAGGUCAUAAUAUUCCUUUCGUUUUCAUUUGCAUGGUUUUAA